AUGGAUUCAAAGAAUCUUCCUACUCAGUCCUCUAGUUAUGUAGGACUUCAUAACAGUCAACAAGGAAGUGUUCUCCAUGAAAACUUUCCUUAUGAAAGUUAUCAUUCUAGUGUUCAUUUUCCUCCUUUCAGUUCACAACAAUCUGACGCUCCACCUCUACCUGAAGACACACCAGUGGACCGCAAGGAGAGAAGAAAAUGGAGCCCAGCUGAUGACGAGGUUCUAAUCAGUGUGUGGCUAAACACUUCAAAGGAUGCUGUUGUUGGGAAUGAACAAAAAAAAAGGACCUUCUGGAAGCGAGUUGGAGAAUAUUAUGCAGCAAGUCCUCAUGGUAGAGAGGAUGGUGAAAAGAGAGAGCAUCUUCAUUCAGAGCGACAAAUUAGCAGUGGUCAGAAUGACACUAGCAUUCUCAAGAUGGCUCAUGACAUCUUCUACUCUGAUCACAACAUCAAGUUUAACCUUGAGCAUGCGUGGUGUGUGUUGAGGUUUGAACAGAAAUGGUUUAGCCUUAACACUCCUAAAUCCAGUGGCUGUUCAAAGAGGAAAAAUGGUGAGACAUGUUCCCAAACUUCAAGCACCAAUGUUAGUGAUCAUGAGAUCCGACCUAAAGGUGCGAAGGCUGCUAAAUCUAAAAGGAAUACUGCUUAA